CCAAGUAAACCGACAUAAUAGGUGUUUCUAUCCCAAGCCUCUAUCGUAGUCGAAACUUCCAGUUCUUGAAGCUUUGCAUUAACAUUGCGAAAGUCUUUUCUUUUUCUUUCCUUUCCCUUUCAACUUUACACCACCAUCUCUUUAGAUUCACACGGUACCCAUCCUCAUCCCCAUCCAUACCAAUCCACUCUUUACUCCCGAACAAACCACCAAGCAUACAUAUACCACAUACAUACAUACAUACGUUACCUGCCUACCGAAUAUAUAUCAUUUCACAAUACAUACCAGGCAUGGACUUCACGCACCUCUACGGCGACUCGUACCACCAGGUCUUCCCCACCAGCACAUCCCACCUGCGGCCCACGAUGCCGUCCCGCCAGCCCUCUCUCGCGCACGGCACCGCAUCGGGCCACUCGUCGUUUGGAGGCGGCGGCAACGGGACCAGCAGUCAUCACCAGGAGAACCGCCCCCAGAAGCCUGAGCAGCCACUUCCAAUGUCGCCGUCACCACCGCCGCCGCCACCGCCGCCGACGCAGCAGCAGAAGAUGGCGGCAGAUCAGGCGUAUAGAGCUACUUUCGCAUCCCACGAACGAGCCGUGUUCCAAGAAGAAGCGCUGGCGCGGGCCCGGCGCCGCGACGCCGCGCGCAACCGCGCGCUCUUCCGCGGCCGCCUGUACAAGCGCCCCGAGUUCUACGCCAUCACGAUCGGCGUGCUGGGCUUGCUGUACCCGGUCUUGAACCAGUACGUUGUGCAGCCUUGGCUGGAGAGGAGGAGGCAUCAUCGGCAUGGGGUUUAA